AUGAACGAACAUCCUCUCGAGCAUCAGAUCCCAGCGCUCGUCGACAUUUGCAAGAUGACGAAUGUUGUGCAGCGCAAUGUCGACACCAUUCCGCUCGUCGAUGGCGGCGGCGACGACGACUGUUCGUCAUCCUCGUCGUCUGUAGCCAUCGCCACGCCUCUUCUUGCUGGUGCUCUAGAUCUUAUGCUUCAAGUCGACAACGAACCGACGCUCUCGUCUGUGCCGAUGGUCAGGUCGGGUGGCAUGCUCGACAAUGCGCAUACACCAGCUCCUUUACCAAUCCCAGCGGUAGAUACACUCAAGGAGACGACGAUUGCAUCUCCACCCCUUUCCGCCACCGAUCCUCUCCCAGUUCCGGACGGCCCUACGCCGCCGACAGUUUUCACCGACACUGCAGACAGCGCCCAGAUGGAUAAGGACGAAGAAGAAGCGGAGAAUGAGCAACUACGUAUCGACCUCGAGCAUGCGCUGGCCAUGGAUGCGCUCUCUGAGGCCAAUGCCGCCUUUCGCUCCUCUUCCCCUUUUCCACAGUACGCGGUGAACACCGAGUUCCCUUUACCUAUCCUUUCUAAGUUUGGCGUUCGCGACCGCAUCCAAGGCGGAACCUUGCCUCUGGGUGACCUCGGAUGCCACGGCCACGCCCUCGUCGGAUCGUACAUGAAGUCGAUUGCGGUCCGGCCCCUUCCACCACUCGUUCGAACGCUCCUCAAUCCAGAGUACCGAAACCUUUACCAACCGGCGCUCCCUGGUGGAUCUAGUAUGAGCUCGUACGAGUAUGACGGUUCUGACAUGGACAAUUUUUCCGAAUACGACGUAAAUUAUCUCGACAUGGACCCCUCUAACAAGAUUCCUAUCGUCAAGUUGCACGCCUGCGUGUCUGCCGUCCUCAGGGGCCGUAUUGUCCUUCCUCUCGUGAUGGAGGACUAUUGCCUGUUGUUUGGACAGUGGCUGGAGACCGACUCGAUGCUCGUGGACGACCUGGACACGCUCUUUGGAGUUUGCAUCUAA